AUAUUGUUUAUUUUUGGUAUCGAACUUUUGAUUUGUUGAAUAAAUUUUGCAUAUCUAUAUUAACAAUCGGUAAUUUUGAGAUCAAUCACUACUAAAAGUAUUUCGAUAUACUUAUUCAAAAUUGACUAUAAAUCUAGUGGUAAAAUUUAAAUAUGUAUGGCUGCUGUUAUCCUGUUUUUAAUGAUUAUCCAUGUUUUCCGGAUCGAUGCUGCAAUAUAUUGCCGCCAAAUUGCACACCAUGCAUGCCAUGCCCUACGUUUCCACCAAUUAUUAAAAAGGAAAAGGUACCUGAUUUUGAAAAAGAAUUGGAGUUGAAAAAACUUUUAGCUGCUAAGUGUAAGGAAUCAAGAAGCUCAAAAAAAACAAAAUCGAAAGGAAAGUCCCGAACGAGCUGCAAGUGCGGCCAAGCAGCACAAACGUCACAAGCGUCACUUCCGAGUUGCCCAAAAAAUUGCGGAAUAUGCAAUUGUUCAAAGGAAAAAGUUACUGGUCAAGAAAGAAAAAGAAUGGCUCCUAUUAGUGAAGAAGAUGAAGAGUGCAGAUGCGAUGAACCGACAAAUCCUUUGCAAGAUUCAAUGGCAAAUUUUCUCACUAUAAUAAAUGAAUCUGUCUGUGAGACAGUUCAGAAAUGCAUAGAUUCAAUGCUUUCUGAUUUCUUUGAUCAAACGCUAGAAAGAUUAAAUGGGCUAUGUACACAAAUGGUACGGAAUGAAUGUUUAAUUAGUAAACUUUACUUGGACGCAAUGGACAGAUUUUCGAGAAUGGAAGAAAGAAAUUGUGAGCAAAUGAAAGCCAUGUGUGAUGCUGUAUCUGAAAAUAUGUUACAGCGUGAAAGUAUGUCAGACCGUCAAGAGCCAGCGCCAAAAAGAAAUUCUUUUCCUAAUAGAAGUGAAGAGAGUAGACCUAGUUUAACGCAAGAAAGUAUAAAGAAAACUUGUCGGAAAGCGUCAAGACAGAGCAAAGAACCACAAAGAUCUCGGUCGAGUAGACAGCAAAAUUUCAUAAUAUCACCAAGAAAAACUUCCGAAUCGAAUAAUUUAGAAACCGAAUAUCCACAAAAUUUGUCAAAAUGUGGAUGCGAUCAGGAUAGGUCGGCCAGGAUGGAUUUUGCUACUAGCACACAAUCUACAAUGAAAUCUCAGGUUCGGUCUUGUAACGAUAAUAAUUGUCCGUACAGAUCACAAAAUUCAAAUCAUAGUACCUGCAGUUGUGCGGAGUCUACGAAUCGAGACAGAAGUGCUAGGCAAAAUGAAUUGUUACUAAAAUAUCGAAAAUUAUCCAACUGUCAAAACAUAUGAUAUUCAUAACUGCAUGUUAGAUAAUUUACAUACUAUAUACAUACUUAACUGAAGUUGAAACUUUUAAAGCCAAAUAAUAUGUAAGUGAAGUUAGCACAUGGACUACAAACUUAAACGUAUGUUAAAGUAUUAACAGUAUUAACUGUCAAAAUAACUUUUUUGAAUUGCAAAAUUUUGGUUGAAUUUUAGAUAAUAGUUUCCUAAGAAGAAGAAAUUGCUAUCUAAUAUUCAUCAAAAAUUUUGCAAUGUUUGAAAAGUAAAACACGUCGAUCACAUAAAUUAUAUUUGCACAAAUGUAAUACAUUAAAUGCAUAUUAUAAAAGUUUAUAGUUGGCUAAAUGUAAACGCUUGUAAUUUAAAAAUUGUAAAUAGUAAAAAAUAAAUUCAUUCUAACUUGUUCGGAAUUCAAGGAAAACAAACAAUAGUGCUAUC